AUGAUGGAGCUACAUUCUCACGGCGUUGACCACGACUUCGAGCUCGAGCUGAUGCUGCGCUUCCCUCGGGACAUGUCGAAGCCUGAGCGGUUCAGCGCGAACUUACCAACAACAUGGCCAUCCUUCGUUCUCCCGCAAGGUCUCGAAGAUUGGGAGCAUGACAGUGAUGAUGAAAUUGCCAAGAGAGUCCUGACUGAUACCAAUUCGCUAGACCUUGAAGCUCGAUAUCUGUACUUUCGAGUGCUCCGAACGUGGCUGCUGAAUUGCGACGAAAACCAUGAUGAGUGUCGAUUGCGACAAUCUGGGCGUGGAUUCUGGCCGACGAGAGCCAUCUACGUUGGAGACCACCCCAGCGUGAGGCUCGUCGAAGAACCGGACGACGAAAAAGACUAUAUUGUACUGUCACACUGCUGGGGUAAGCCGACGGAAGAAGAACGGAAGCACUUCUGUACCACUCCCCAGAAUUAUCACCAUCGCUUGGACGGAUUUUGCUUUGAUGACCUGCCCAAGACGUUUCAGGACGCGAUCAUGGUAUCGCGAGAGCUUGGGAAGAAAUAUAUCUGGAUUGAUGCCCUCUGCAUCAUCCAAGGUCCCGGCGGUGACUGGCAAAGCGAAGCUGGGAGGAUGGAGCACGUCUUUGCCAACGCCUACUGCACCGUCGCUGCAAACUCGGCCAAAGGGUGGAAGGACGGUUUCCUGGAGUCAGGCCUCUGGGAUCAAAUCAACCCAGAAAGCACGGAAUGCGAAUGUUUGUUUGAUUCAGAAGUUAGUGAGGCACCCUUGAUGCAGAGAGCCUGGGUUCUCCAGGAACGGGUGUUAUCACGGCGAAUCAUUCAUUUUACCUCGGGGGUUUCGAAUGCAAGACCUGGGCAUACAUAUUGGGAAUGUGGCGGUGGGAUCCGCUGCCAGCAGUUUUCAAAGCUGAGCCCGCCCAUCUACAAAGACACAUUUAUUCGUGACCCCUACUUCCCAGCGCGGCUCAAGGACGCAUCAUAUUUUCGCGCUCUUGAUUUUAUGCAAUCCCUUUUUCGGGAAUACUCACUAGCCGGGCUCACAUACAAGUCCGACAGAGACACGGCCAUAUUAAGCCUGCUCAAUCGCAUCAGCCAUGAACUUGACACAGAGGUAAGAUAUGGCGUUAUUCGCUGUUUUCUGGGUAGUCUGCUCUUGUGGAAGCGAACUGCCGAGGAACUGACACCCUCGAUCGACUUUGGGCAACGGGCCGUGCCGUCAUGGUCCUGGAUGGCGUACGACGGAAGCAUCGAGUUCAUCAUCAUGUAUGAUUACGAGCUGAGGAUACCUCGCGACACGGACCUUGGAUUCGCUCAAGAUGGGGAAGAACUGAACGUCAAAGUCCGGCGAUUUGAAAAUUGCCAACUAGGCGCAGCCAAGCGAGGUGGUGGAUAUUCUAUCUGCGAUGGAAACGAGAAGAUUGGGUCACUAUGGUUGGACAUGAAGGACCGCAUCGAGUUCAGGCACUGUGUCGUCAUUGGGGCUGGUGAUACAAGGCCCCGUCAGAAACAGCUCUACGUCCUAGUGGUUCAGGAGGAGCCAGGCAAAGGAAGAUACAAGAGGUUGGGAGUUGGCAUUUUGGGUGAUGGUUAUGUGUCCGUGGAGAGUGAGCCUGGACGACUUGUGUGA